AUGGAUGUUUCAACCUCCUCAUUGAGGAGCUCGAACACGAGUCCCCUGCUGAGCUUCCCAGCCGUAGGCACCAAUUCCCGAGCGGUUGCAUCCACAAACUCCGAAGAGAUGGGCGAGCUGAUGGUUAGAAGACUCAGCGAGAUCUCAACAUCGUCAAUUAGCUUUGAUGCCAGUAAGCUUGCCAUGUACAAAAACUUUUCAGGACGCUCGGCCUAUGCCCGUGACCUGGAUGGUGAGGCAGUCGGCAGACCAAAGAGGAGAUUACGGCCCUCUGGCUAUUCCUCUUCUCGGUCGGCACCCAUUGCUGAGAGGGCAGACGUGGAAGAUGCCAAGCAGGAAGAGGAUGCCAAGCAAGCACCCGUCAAUAAGACUGCCAUUGAAGCCGUGAAGCCAUCGAAGGUAUCAAAAGCGACCGUGAUCUCAUUAUGA